AUGAUUGUUUCUUUUGAUGUUUCAGGUCUGAAAGCAUUCAACAACUGAUGAGUGACCAGCUCAUGCAUUUAUAAAAGGAAGUGAAGAAAUGGAACGCUGGGUUUUAGAGGGCGACAGCUACUCGUUUCUUCACAGUGCUCCACACACGUUCAGCCUGCAGAGUCAUGAAGGGCCAAAUCGUGUGGAGAUCUUUGACAUCACUUCAAUCCCCAGCCAUCAUAAUGCCAUAUCUGAAACACCCUGCCUGUGUGACAUUUUUGGGGGUGACGGCGAGUCUCCGUCACUUUCCAGUAGCCCAGCCUCUGCCCCAUUUAUCAGGAGGGAAGUGGAUCAGUCUUUUCCAGUAGAUGAUGCCAAUGACUCUUUAGGAUCUUACCACACUGCCAAUGGAUCUGACUUAAGCGACAACGCUGAAGUCACUUACAACACACCUUCUCCAGAAAAUACACCAGAUUUUUCCACAUCUGAGACCAGGGAAUCACGUUCACCACCAACUAAAUCAUCCAUCUUGUCUGAUUCCAAAAAUGGACUUAACCAACUAGACUGCACACCACCUGCAUCCAAAGUCAAUAGUAAUGACCUUUCACAUACAGAUAACUGGGAAGAAUCCCAAGUGUCAGUAAUCACUGCCCCAGUGAAUGAAAUGGCCAUCACAAAUGCAUCUGAACCACAGUAUGUGAAUUCAACACCAGCUACCACCCUGAUUAAUCCGGCAAAGAAACCUUCUAAUUCUACAUCCUGCUCUUCGGAAGAGAAAGAACCUGCUGUUUUUGAGCAAGAAGGAAUUAUUAAAACACCUCAACAUAUAAGCACAAGCCCAGUUUUAGAUAAACAAAUAUUUGAGUCAGACUGUGAAUCUUUGGCAGUAUCUCCACUUGAGCAAAAUGUUGUGAUGUCUUCUGAGGACAAAGAGAGCAGGAUCUAUUGUAGUCCACGAGAGCAAAACAUUCUUUCUGUGCAAGGGAUGAUGAACAGUGGCUCUGCAUCAGAACUGUCAAACCCUUCUCCAACAGAUUGCAGCCUUAUGGAGGAAAUGUCUACUUCACCUUCAAACAGAGAUAUUAACUUUCUACCCAUAUCCAGUGUCAUGCCAGAACCCAGAUUGACCUCCACCUCCCCUGUAAUCAGGGAAACUACCUCCACACCUGCAUCCACAGGUAGAUCUUUACCUGAGCUGCUGAAUUUGUGUCCAACUCAAGUUAGGAACACAUCGGAGACUCCAGACUUGGAGGACACUUAUGGUGCUACUUUAUCUGUAUCUACACUGCCUACCAGUGAUAAUGUGCAAAUAAAUUCCCUAACUGUGUCUGACAUUUCUACUGAAACAAGAGGACUGGUAUAUUCAUCCAUAGCUGGAAGAGAAAAACUGGAAUCACCUGAGUUCAAUGAAACCUGCUCUUCUCCUGAUCACUCAGCACCUGCUCACUCACAAGAACCAGUACUGAUUCACUCCCCUGUAGGUUACACCAUCAGCCCAUCACCUACAAAUGAGAGAAUCGUUUCUUCGACUGAACCUGAAGACUCACCAUCCUUCCCUGUAGUCACAAGGAUUGAAUACAGGGAUAUUUGCUCUUCUCCUGAUCACUCAGAACCAGUAAUCAUUCACUCGUCUCCAUGUUACAACAUCAGUCCAUCACCUACAAAUGAGAGACGGGUUUAUUCAACUGAACCUGAUGCCUCAACAUCUUCCCCCUGCGGUCACAGUGAUAUGCACUCCUUUUCUGAUCACUCCAUUCCAGCUCACUCACCAGAACCUGAAAUAAUUCACUCACCGAUGGGUUAUACCAUCAGCCCAUCACCUACAAAUAAGAGAAUGUUUUUUUCAGUGCAACCUAAUGACCUACCAUCCUCUCCUGCCAUCACAGGAACUGAUUACACAGCAACACCAACAUGCAGUAGAGAUUCCACACCUGCGUUAAGGAGCAUUACCUCCACUCCAAACAGCAGAGAAAAUGACCUUACACCAGAGCCCAAUUCCCCAGCCCCUUCACUGGAAUUGAGAUCGGUUACCUGCUCACCUGAAAUCAAAACAAUAUCAUAUAGUGUUCUGCCACAAAAUACAAAAUCCCCAGGCAUCACAUAUAAUGUUAUACUAACCGAAGAUUUAGCACAAUCACCUGCAGUAGAAAAAAAUGUCUGUGGCAACUCUUCUGAAACUUCCAGCUAUCUUUUUGGAAAUGACACCUCUGUCUUACCUAGCUCAAGGAACUUUUUGCCAACACCAGAGAGUAGAUCAAGGCCCUCAUCAGCUACAUCAGACCAUACCAAACACACAACACUAUCCUCUGAUCUUGAACCUGAGCCUUCCAUCACUAUUGGAAAUGCAGAAAAUCAGAGUUUAUCCAUAAUCUGUGAUGGAGUUAGUCAUCCUUUCUCUAACCCAAUAGACAGUUUUGAUUGUUUUGAUGACCAUGCUGACACAAAGACCCUCAAAAGCCUUGCAUUUCUCCCAGAUGAAUGUAAAGGCAGUGGACCACCAGUUCAGAUACUACAAGAUUCAACCUCUAAAACCUCAGAUUCUGGAUCAUCCACAAUAAAAAUUGAGAAAAGUCAAGAAAUUGUCACUGACAACACAACUGAUUUAACAUUCUGUGGAACACCAACCUCCCCUUGUCCAUGGGAUGCAUCUGUAGAGAAGAAACAAUGCCUUGUUGAGGUUUUUGAUAGGAACAAGGGAACAGAAAUGUUGAAAAAUGAUUCCCCAAGCAGUGACAAGAGGCUUAGUCAAGUGCCUGUAGCAUUAAGAGAAAGCGCAGGGGUUAUCAGUAGGGACAAUGGUGGUGAAUUUGACAGGCAGCCAUGCAGGGAAAAAGAGGAAAGUGGAAAGAAGGAGGGAGAGGGGGAGGAGACUAUGGGAGAGAGUAGUUACAGAGGGGAACAGGUUGUGCUGUCAUUCAGUGCCAGGAAUAGAAAAGGGUCUGCAGGCCACAGCCCAGCUCUCUCAAGUCAAGACCCAAAGUCGGGAAUUCCAGCUCGCUGUUAUUUUGAGUCGCACCCAACAACUUUGCAGCAACAGAGUCAGCUCAGAGCUCAGGGCUCACAACAAGAGAACAAGGGUGGUGCCAGGAGGCUCCAGUCAGCUGCCCAGGGUAAAUACAGCAGUGCAGGCUUUCUUCUUCCUGAAUGUACUGGUGAGACCUCCAGCAUGGGAAGUGAAUUUGAUGAAGCAGACAAUGAAGUAAAGUGGUUUACAGAUCUGGCCUUCAGAAGCCUAUCUAGUCCUCAGGUGGAUUAUUUGGAUGUGUACAAUUCAAGCCACAGGUCCUCUACAAAUGUUUCACAGCCAUCGACUGUAGACAGCCCUGGUGCUGUUGCAUGGAUGACCUACGCAGAUUUACGUGGCUCAGCGUUACAUGAAAACGAUGGUUCGUCUUUUUUACCCCGUGACGGCCUGGACCCAAACAAACGCUUUGAAAUGGGGAGUUUUGAGUGUGUGGAUGUUGCAUUAGAGAGCAAGGAAGAGUCCAGUAGAGGAAAGAGGACAGUACCUAAAAGGCAGAUCCAGCUGUUAAGGCGGAACACAGAUGAAUCAAAACAUAAAGGAAACAAUGAAAAUAUUUUCAAUUCACCCUCCACAUAUAGACGCUCAAAAGACGCACUUGUUCGUCAACAUAGCACACCAGCUUUUGUGCAACAGGAAGUUUCCAAGGAGGUGCCAGAUUCACCACAAAAUGACAGGAAAAAGACCUUGCAGAAGUCUUUGUCUUUAGAUGAUGGCUCCCCUAAGACACAAAUGGCAUCUUGCAUUAUCAAGAGUGUAUUGUCAAAGAAAAUGCAGGAUGUUCAGAAAGAGACACCAAAAAGUACAGACCCAAGUCCUUCUGGAGAUAAAAACAAACAUCCUGAUGUCAGCCCCAGCUCUUUUGAUGGUGUACCAAGUACCAUGGAGAAACAUAGUUUAAGCUCUAGCCAGCAUUCUGAAUGUACUCUUUCAUCUGAAGAUUUUGCUGUCGGAGAGGAGAGAAUUUCACAUCGUCAGCUGAAGAAGUGUGCUCCAAAAGUUCCUCCAAAGCCAUUCUUAAGACCUGCGUUCUUUAACAACGGGGAAGCUCAGGUUGCUGGCAACAUUGCAAGGGAAGAAACCAAGCCUAUAGUGGCCCCUCCACAAGUUGAUGACAAAAUACAAAACAGCAAGAGUGAUAGGAAAGAGGGAGUAGGUAGCAACCUUGAAGAGAAGUACAAAAGUGACUCUGCAAAUGCCAGUAUCAGUAACACAAGUCCUGUUGUUGCUACACCAGCAAUAAGCAUGCAGAACAGAAUGACAACCAGAGACAUAAGAAAGCGCCAGAUGACACCGGAAAACCAGGAACAACUGGCUGGAAAGAGUGUAUUUAUGUUGAAAACCCCAGAGAUAACUUUGAAACCUUCUAUCAAAGGAAAAAAGACGACAUCUCUGAAAGUGUUUUUGUCCCCUGACUUGGAACAGUCCAGAAAAAUAUCUGAAUCUCAGGCAAUGGAGAAAGCUGCAGAAGAUUUAAGCACCAAAUCUACUAAAGUUUUAGAGACAGAAGACGAUGAUGACAGCAACAAAAAAUCUGUUAUACAUAGAGUUAGGGAUGUGAGGAAGUUAGUGAAAAACACAUACAACCUGUCUUUCAAAGCAUCAAAUUCAACAUCAUCUGCAGAAGAGACAGUGAUUCAAGGGAAAAGAGAGAAGCCGCCGCAAACUCCUCCAACCUUGCACAUUGAAUGUAAAGCCAUCAGUUGGAAGGACAAACAAACAUCAGGCAGCAAAGCAAUCCACUGUCAUGAUGAAAAUCUGCCUGUUGACAUAUCAAAAAUAUCACAACCAUGGGUGUGCGCAGAGACAAAAAGAGAUGCUGACAUCACUGAAAUUACAUCCAAAGGCUCUUCGCCAAAGACUGAGUCAAAACAAAAAGCACCAUAUUCUCACUCUACAACCACAGAUGGAUUACAUGAAUCAGAAAGUAUCAAUAAAAGAUCUUACAUUCACUGUGAUCAGAGUUCUAAGAUGCCCCCUAGACCCCCAAGUAAGGAGCGAGAAGUUUCUGCGUUGGUGGUUGUACCGGAUUGCACAUCCAAGACAAAGACUGUUUCCCCUACAAUCCUUGACUCGACUCAAAUGACAGCUGCAAGCAGCAGCCACUCCGUAUCCAUGCUACUGAAAGAAAAAGGGAUGCAGGCUGACAUUGGAGUGUGUGAUGUUCUCACUGAAGGUGCAAGUGCUACAGCUAAACAUGUCAACAGGCUUGAGGUACCUGUACAGGCAUGUUUAUCAGAAAGCAUUUCAAGUGAAGUACAAGUAAAGGCAGAAAAUACAUCAUUGCCUUGCAAUCCAACAGCUUUUGUCAACAAUUUGUCAAGAACAUCUCAACUAAGUGAGAGUCCCAAGGGAACACUGACAGAAGAACCUUCAACAAAGGAACAAGAAAAAAAGAAAACUGCCACCACAACUAUGACACAAAUUCCAACUUAUUUAGCAACAUCUGGCAAGCCAGAGGUGAGGUCUUUUUCAGGCAGUACAAAAAAUAAUGCCACGCCAGUGAAUGCAUCAAAAGAGAUUGAGUUACCCAUACAAGUGAGAUCAAUAUCCACUGAUAGACUAAAGCCAUUUGUACCACCAAAACCUAGCUAUAAACAGUCAUUUGCAGAAAUUAAGUCAGUGUCAAGUGACCCAUCAAAAGCAGAUACUCAAGCAUUGUCUGUUAUUAAACACCAAACAAUAUUAAGUAGUGAAUCAAAGAAAAAUGAAACACCAUCAACAGUGACACACAAGGAUCAACCAAAUGAGACUUCAUCAAGAGAUACAAAAAGACUGGCUGUAUCAGCUGUAUCAAGCUGCAAACCACCAUCCAUCUCAGUCACAACAACUCCAAGUGUUGUGCAAAAAUCCACCACAAAGACACUGGCCAGUCUGGAUCAACAGCAAUCUUCUGCUUUCUUGCAAUCAACCAGCACUUGCCAGCAGCAGACCCCAUCAUUCAGUCAAGACCAGUCAAUGCUAGAUAGUUCCUUUGCUUCUAACUCAUCAGGACCACAAGCCCUUAACCACACACCAUCUGUGACAAGAGCAUCAUCUAAUAAUCGUUUUCACACAGAUGACUAUCUUUUCUACGCUUUAGAUGAUCCUCCCAGCUAUGAUGAGCGGGAGAGUUUCAGCCCACUACGGCUCUCAGACUUACCCCCACAUAGGUCAUGCAGGUAUCAUCCAACAACUAAGCAAUCUUCUUGCUCCUGCACGCCAAGUUCUCAUUCGCAUCAAGGACAUCCCAACAAUAGUCCACAGGAACGGGUACCAGCAGCCUCUCGGUCUCCAGGCCAAGUCCUUACCUGUCCUGCUGCUCCUCCGCAAGCUCAAGUACGUCCUCAUCAGUGCAGACCAGAUGGUCUACCAGUCUCCAAUACUACAAUACCUCAUGCCUCAGCUUUGAUUCAGCCUCUACACAACCCACAAGCUUGCCCUGUUUCAAACUCACAAUCCUAUGGUGAUGACUAUCCACCAGCUUCUGGGCUGCAUGCAGAUAGACGCUCAGCCAGUCACCCUUCACCUCAGGCAGCAGGUCCUGCUCCCUACCAUGAGUAUUCUCAUUCAGCUAACAUGUCUACUCUGGAUCCCAGGCCUCAGUUGUUUAAUCCUCAAGAUUUGCCACCAUCUUUUGGCCAUGAUUAUGCAAAUGAAGGUCCAGGUGGAGCUGGUGUAUUGUAUCCAGAGAAUGCAAGUGGGCUCAGCUGUGGCCAAGGUCCUCGUCGUGUCCUUCUUGAUCCUGAGACUGGCAAAUACUUCUACAUUGAGGUACCAAUGCAACCACUCAGAAAAAUGCUGUUUGAUCCUGAAUUAGGCCAGUAUGUAGAAGUUCUCAUACCACAUCAGGCAAUGUCCCAUUCAGGGCUAUAUCCACCAGCUGUACCGCCCUACUCCUCUUUGCACAGUCCUGGGUUGUAUGCACCACAGUCCUGGCACCUGCCUUAUGCAGUGCCAUCUUACCCAGCAAUCUCAGGUACUGCCCCGCAAGUUCGCCAUCCGGAGCCACCUCCUGUGCCCACCACACUUCACCAGACUUCCUUAAGGUAUGGAAGCCCUGCAAGCCAGAUGCCAAAAAAUGAACCAAAAGGCCUGUCAUCACUGGAUCAAAGCUAUCUAGAGAGCAUGUAUUACAUCCCCACUGGGAUGAAUGCAAGCCCAAAUGCAACCCCUUCAGAAUGCUACCACAAGCCAUCAAGCAUGCCUCAUUCAGGGGGACGAAGAGCAUGAAACAUCAUUGGAUACAUGUGGUCUGUUUACAUUUGAAAUCUGUUCUAGUUGGCAGCAUUUUUAAUUUAACCCUUAAAUGCAUGAAUGUUU